AUGUCCCAACAGCGGCAGGUUGCUGCCAAAUUGGGUGAAGUGGCCUUCGAUAGUGGCGAGAAGGCAAGCGCUGAAUUUUUCGCCAUUACGUACGGCGCGCUUGUCCAGCAGAUGAUUACGGACCUUCCCCAAGCCGAUGAUGUAGAGGUUGUCAAUCAGCAACUGGACACGAUGGGCCGGCGGAUUGGCUCGCGACUGGUGGAAGAAUACAGCGCCCGGAGCGGCGCCCCCGCCUGUCGCACGUUUGCGCAAGCGGCAGAUGCUGUUGCAAUUGUAGGAAUAAAAAUGUUUCUUAAUGUUAACGCAACGGUACAACCUGCGGAGGAAAGUGGGGGUGACACAUUUACGUUAACUUUUGCAGAUAACCCGCUUGCGCUCUUUGUGGAACUGCCUGAGGGUCCUGUGCGUCAGCGCUUGUGGUAUUCGAAUGUUAUUUGUGGUGUUAUUGUCGGUGCGCUUUCUAUGGUAGGGUUUAUUGCAGAAGCGACGUUUGUAAGGGACACCCUGCGCGGUGAUGCAACGAAUGAGAUACUACUGUCCUUCAAGGGGAGGGAGAAGGAAACCUUUAAGGUUGAACAAUAG